GUACCAUUAAUAGGUCAUUUACUCCAACUCACAGUGCAAGUUCUAUGCAUAGACCAAAUUCCUCAGUAUGAAGUGGAACGCAUGUUUUUAAUGCCUCAAGCAUCCAGAUCACUGGCAGUCCUUAUGACGUCCCUUCUAAGUACUCCUGUUCAACGACCUAAGCUUCAACACCUUCCCCCUAUGCCAUACUCAAUCUGGAGUCGAAAGCUUUCACAAAGAGUGGCAGUUUGGUACAAAAUGUUUCAAACUAGAAACCAUGAUUGGUUAAAGGUUUUUGAGCUUUGUGGAAUAGAAAAAGAGUUUUGGAAUAUAUUGGGGGAUUGGAAUCAAUUAGAAGACUAUGAGUUUCAUGAGCUCAGCUUUCACCAAAGGGUUUGGCUAGUAAAAUCUCUCUGUGAUUACCAAGUUCACAACCAUAAAACAAUGCAAGAUGCUCUAGCAGAUCACUCUCUACAAGAGCAAAACUGUGAGAUUCUUGGUGUAGAUCGUCACGGAAGACAAUACCUUCACUUUCCGCAGUUUUGCUGGUCACCUGGUCUAUGCUCUUGUGUUCGUGUGUACCGUUGUGUUAUUCCUGUUGAAAAACCCCGGUCACCUGAUCCUACUGAAGAGGCUCCCAACAUCCUUAUAAGAAAAGGAAAAGGCGAUUUUCUUCCCUUGUGGUUUAGAGAUCGAGGAAGGGGCAGAGGGAAAAGUGACAAAGGAUCUGCGGCUAAAAGGAGGAAAAGUGGAGCUGAAAUAAACAAUAGAAAAUUCUUGUCUAGACUUGUUUAUCGAAUGCCUAAUGGAAUGUACAUAAGAGGCGGGAAAAGACGUGGAAGUAAUAGGCUUUCUGAUGGUGUGUCAUGUAGCCCUCGAAAGCAAGGCAAUACUGACCAAACUGCUUCUUUAAACCCAGUUGAAGUAUCAUCAUCAUUAGGUGGAAACGCAAGUGAUGCGGAAGGUAAAACAAUGACCACUGAAGAAGUCAUAGAUGAAUCUAGUAGGAGUUCAAGAAGGCAAACUCGUUCAAAGCGCAAUGUGUCUCAGGGAUUUUAUGCAGACUGGAGUGAUAGCGACAGUUUGUCCACUGCCUCUCCUCAUAGUACACCUGCCAAGAAACCAUGCCGCAAAAGCCAAUCACUUUCAAAGAAAGUUAAUGUAUCAGAAAGCAGUGGUAUAAAACUGAAAAUAAAGUUGUCUGGGAAGACAGGGCAAGAUACACCUUCAAAAGAGAGUGAUUUGUCUGAGAAUGAUAAAAGUGAGGAUGAAGAAGUUUCUAAAUGUGCAGGUGAUUCCUGCCAUGAAUCUGUUGCUGAAGAGGAGGCAAGCCGGAGUGAGUGGGCAACUUUAGCACUGAAUAGAAAAAGUGGAGACUGUGGGGAAGACUCAGAUGAAGGAGACGAAGAAGAAGAGAAGGAUGGGAGCAGCCAGACAAGAAAGGACGAUACUGAUUUCAACCUAGCUGAUGAGUUUCCAUGGACACCCCCAGAGGGAGAACACAUUACCAACGGGAAACAAAAAAGACCUCAUUUCAAUCCAGAAUGGUUACUGAUGGGAGCAGAGCACUUUGAACUUGUUGCUGAUUCUAUUCAGGGUAUUAGAGAUCUCAUUGAUGGUUUAUGUGAAGAUGAUGAUGAUGUUGGUCUCAUUCAGCGACUAAAAAACUCGUCUGGCUCCACCAAACCAAUUUGUGAGGAAAAGUUAGAACAUAGACUGCAAGAAUUGGUUAACGAGACCAGUUACUUUGAAUUGAAAAUGGAAUCCAAUGCUCGUAAAGUAAGAUGGAAGUUGUUUGAAGAGUGGGAAGCAUUUAGAAAUAGACCCAUGGAUGUCAAAGAUGAAGCAGAACAGCAUUGGCUUAAUAUUUUUGAGUGUGGUCUUGAAGUGCAAGGCAAUACCCCUGAAGUGAAGGUAAAGGUAGAGAUGGAAAUUAAAGAAGAAAAGACCACUGACAGUUUGGAUGGUUCUAAAGAGAUAAAAACUGAAAAAUGUGAGGAUGCUGAACCUCCAUCAGAGCUUGGAGAUGAUGGAUCAGAAAGUGGCUAUGAUAUUCGCCAUUCCCUACGAGCUAAGAAGCCUAAAAUUGAUAAUCCACAACUAAAGUGUUGGCUUAACAGCGAUUCUGAAGAAGAAGAAAGUGACGAAGAUGAUGAAGAUGCAUGGGAAAUGCCAAGUCGUCGCAAGAAAAAGAAACCUGUUGUUGGACGAUCACGAAAGAGUAAAAAAGAUGAGGACGAAAUGGAUGAAACUGGUAGUAACUCCAAGGUAGUUGGUGAUAAAAUAUUUGAUGUAGCAAAAAACUUUUCCUUUGAGGCAGAAAAGGAUAACAAAGAAUCUAGUCAAAGUACUGAUACCUCAAUGCAAAAUUUAUCAACUGUGACAAAACCAAAAAUGAACCAGAAGUUAUUGCCAAAUAAACUUACACUUGAUAAAGAAGGCAAUAUGUUUAUAACAUUAGGCUGUGGCACCAGAGUUCAACUGAAAAAGGAUGAUCAAGGCAGGAUAAUUGUUCCAGAAGGUCAUGAGGGACUGUCAAUGAUUCAUGGAAAAACACUGGACCAGCUCGUUGGGUCUGGUAAAGUGGUUCAAAACAAAAAGAAGAAAAAGGUCAACCGACCAGCUAACAGAAACUCUACCACAUUAUUUCCUUCUGAAUCACAACCUGCAAAACGCUCUACUACAUUGUUUCCAGCUAUAUCUCAACCUGGUGGAAUUGUUCAAGCAAAAGAGUGGACACCUCCAGUUGUAAGCAAUAACAUGCAAAUCCAGGGUACAUCGAAACCCAAGGUUGAGACAAGUAUUCAGGCUAAGGAAUGGAUGCCUCCUGUGGCAAAAGUAGUAGCUCUUACCCCUGCAUCCAUGGCUCAGUUAAAGACCUACGGCAACAGGAAAAAAAAUCAAACUCCUCUGACUGUAACAAGAGUAGUAUCUCAACCUCAAACCAAGAAAAAAAGUGAACCUGAUGAAGUGGUUGUUUUGAGUGAUGGUAGUGAUGACAGCAUUGAAGUCAUCAAAGAAACGGAGCCUAAAAACAAAAAACAGAAUGGUGUGCCGCGUAUAGAGUCAGUGAUUGGCAAUGCAAGUGUGGACAGCUUUGCUCCUAAACCAUUGACAAAGUCGGUCACCAUGACUCCUGUAGCUGUUACUUUGACCCCUGUGUUCAAAUCUAAAAACCAAUCGCCGAGUAAAGGUGGUAAAAAACCUAACCAGUGGAACCCUGUGAUAUCAAAUACUGUCAGUCUAGAGCCAGCUUCAUCAUCAACUAGAGUGCCACCUCCUGGUGCUCCCCAAGUCGUCAUUACUCCCGCAAAAAAUGUUCAAAACAGGAGGGUCCUUCAAUCAACUGGUGUCUUCCAUCAGCCAACACCAAAUCAAUCUUUUGUACCUGUCAAUACCAUUCCUAUGCGCCAGGCGCAACAACAAUUUGUUCCAAUGAACCAGAUGAUGCCUGUCACAAAUCAAUUUCAACCAGUUGCUCAGGUUGUCGGUAUGAAUAAUCAAUACAUUGUUGCAAAUACUGCUCCCUUUGCUCCUAUAGGUAAUUCUUAUUUAGUUAAUGCUGCCCCUUCAUACCAGUAUGUUCCAAUGGCUCAGGCACCUGGUCCUAUACCUUUACCAGUGAGUGCAUUUGACCUUGGUUUACCCCCUGGCCUCAGAGGGCAAAUAGUUUUGGCCAAUGGAGACAACAACCAAUUCUCGUAUGCUCUCAAACUUGAUGAUGGUGGUUUGAUAUUUCUUUCUAAUGAUCAAGUUAGUAAGAUUAGAGCUGCUAAUGGAGGCAAGCUGACAACAAUGAUCCAAAUGCAAACACAUUAGCAUAGUUAUUGAUUUUAACUAAUGUUAUUGGUACAAUGUAUGUAUCUAUCUAACAUGUAUUGAAACUUUUAAGAGUUCCGUGUGAGUUCUCUGUAAUCUGUGAUUUUUCAUUUAAGGAUUGAAUUUUAAUAUAAUCUGAAAUCAGUCAAAACCCUCUUUUAUGUAUGCAAGUUUUGGAGGCAUGAAGCCUAGAUUUUGUGUAUUUUCAUCUGCUCUGCCUGAUUUAUGGCAUCAUUAAAGAGGAAUUUGCUGUGGGUGUUGGAAAUUUGCAGCGAAGAUCUAUUUUCCUUUUUUAUUAAGAAUGUUAUACCUGUUAUUGGAAUACAAUAUGGAUUUUAUUGUUUAUAUUAGGCUUUAAAACAGCUUUUUAGUCAUAAAAUUUGUCCUGUUAAAAUAGUUGGAGAGUUUGAGAAUAGGCUGUAUUUUAAUUAUUGUACUUUCUCAACAGCAUUUCUCUGAACCACAUGUGACCUUGUAAUGACUCAUUCAUCAACUUACAAAAUGAGUAAGUUUCAUAAAUGCUGUGCCAUUUUAACUUAACAGAUCUGAUCCUAGAUUAUAACCGUCGGAAAUCUUUGAGUUUUUAAAAUAAAAAUAAAAUGCAUUUGUUUAUUGCCAAUGUUAAA